CACGUGUGGUGGAGUGCUUACUAUCACAGACAGCGUACAGGUAGAGAGCAGCACUGGACUUACCUACCUCCCAAACAUGGACUGCACUUACACUAUCCAAGUCGCUCUCCGUACUUGGUGCUGGCAAACAUCAAGCGUUUUGAGUUCGAACCCAAGAUCGCCGGCGUUUGCCAUGACUACGUCAACCUCCACGACGGCAACAACACAUCCAGCGGCAUCCUUAACAGCGAACCUCUUUGUGGCCACGCCUCCAUUAACUCUGUCUACGUCAGUUCCGGUCAGCGACUGACCAUCCACUUCGUGACGGACGCCUCUGCAGUGUACCUCGGCUUCAAUAUCAUUUUUACAAAAUCCUCCACCAGUCCCUGUGACAACACUCAGUAUCUUUGCAACAACACCUUCUGCAUUCCGUCCAGUGUCGUCUGCGACAGCUACGACCAGUGUGGUGAUGGCAGUGACGAACAAACUUGCACAGAUACAAGUGCAGAAGGUUCACUCAACGUGGCGGCUGUCAUAGCCGGAAGUUGUCUAGCUCUGCUUGUUAUUCUCUGUAUUAUUGCCGGCCUUAUCUAUCGCGCCCACCUCCGUAACCAAUGGCGACGCUUUCGCGAUGAACACAUCGAUACAGAUGAUGUCUUCAUCCCCGACCCAAGCUACCCGGUGACGUACAAGUACCUCCGAGGCAUUCGCGGACACCCUGGGGUGCAAACAUUUCAUGAUGAACCCGGAGAGUCAAAGACAGAUCAGUGGAGGAAUAAUGGAGCCGAGAUGUAAAUUUUUCAUACCGUGUGAUGCAAUCGCUUCGGAGAAGUUUCCAGACGUGAUUGAAUGCCAUUAAACUGGUGUCUAUGAAACAGGGGGACUGACAGUAAUGCAUUCUGGAAACUUCUAAACCAUGCAUAAUAUUGAGGUCUGUAUAAUGCCCUGGGACUAAGUGAUGCCUCGAGCCACUGAAUAAAUUCCACAAAAGUUCUGUGAAACACAAGGACUGCUAACAGAUUAUUAGUAAGAGGAUUUUGUAUCAAAACCGUGGAGCUUUGAAUUAAAUCAGUUAUACUUGCAUACGAUAACUGUACUUUGUUACUGACUCUGAAUAACCAUGUUUCUCCACCUAAAACGCUUGUGAUAAUAAACCACGUUGCAGAAAUGAAA